AUGAGCGUCAAAGACGCCGCCGAGGCCAAGCUCAAGAAGCAGAAGACGCAGCUGGUCGUUGUCGAGCACGCCACCAGGAUCUGCUCGUUACUUUGCAACGAGAUGUUCGGCGAUCUGAUAGACGUCAUCGGCGAAGUCCAGGCAGACGCCCGCCAAAGGAAAUUCAACCGGCAACAGCACGUGAAGAGCACCGCGAAGGAGCUGCUGGACAAGCUGGGGGGCGCCUUGACCUUUCACGCUGAGAGGAAGUCGUCCGCUCAGGGAACCAUGGCAGCAACGGCCGGCCAGAUUGCUCACAACCGCAAGUUUUUCGGGCCCAAUGCCGGCGCGACCAAGCAGGCAGAGUCGAGCUAUGUCGAGAUGGAGGGCUACGCUCAGGAUUCAUCGGACAAGAUUUUGGCUAUCGUCGACCAAACCCGCAAGCUGCUAGCGAAGAUGGAGGUGGACUUGUCACGUGAAGACAUGGAUGGGCUCAUGGAAGAGAGCAAACACAUCCUACAGGGAAGGGAGGACUUGACCAAUCCGAACGGCGACAAAAUCAAGCCCGACACGCUUCGGAAUGCGCUGCGGGACGCUCGGGUGGAAGUGUCAAGCACGGGUGAAUGCCGACUCAUAUAA